GUAGCCUAUGGGCCACACUCCUCUAUCUAACAAAUGUUUGUGAAAUCAGGAAGAAAGUUUAACUCUGUGGGUCACAUGAUCUCUACCUGCCCACACCAUGUGAGGCCUACAUGGAACUCCAGGACAGAAGCCACACAGGAGUUACUGCAUACACACAGCCGCUGACAGCUCACUGACCUGUAAGACCAGCAGACCGGACACACAGUCUGCAGACCAGGAUUCAACCACACCGGGACCAGUGAAUGAUCUGGGAUAAAAUUCAUAUUUAUUACUUUACGUCAAAAUCUCCAAAGGAAGCAGUUGGAAUUUUUUGAAUUGGAUCAUUUGAGUCCAAAAAAGGAUGAAGAUGCAGACCCAGUAACUGGCUUUGAAGAGCCCUUAUCUCAGCACCUGGGACCACAGGCACGGAUUUGACUGAGGGCUUUCAGCAGUUCAAGGGAUUUCCAUUCUCCUCUCAAUCAGGAAUUACACAUCCAAACUGGGAUCUAUGAGCGGAAAAGUGGCGAAGCCUAAAGAAGACAAGGAUGCUUCCAAGGUCCAGGAUGAUGCUGCCCCAGGUACCCAGGAGUACAUUAUGUUACGGCAGGACUCCAUCCACUCUGCGGAUAUAAGGAGUAAAGGGUCCCCCUUUCGUGCUAAGUGUCACGAAAUCUUCUGCUGCCCAUUGAAGCAAGCCGUCCACAAAGAGAGCGCAGAACCCGAAGAGCCCCAGCUGAAGGGGAUCGUGACAAAGCUGUACAGUCGACAAGGCUUUCACCUGCAGCUGCAGGCGGAUGGAACCAUUGAUGGGACGAAGGAGGAGGACAAUGGUUACACCAUGUUCAACCUUAUUCCAGUGGGGCUGCGAGUGGUGGCCAUCCAGGGGGUGCAGACCAAGCUUUACCUGGCGAUGAACAGUGAGGGUUUCCUCUACACAUCAGAACACUUUACGCCAGAGUGCAAAUUUAAGGAGUCAGUAUUCGAGAACUAUUAUGUGACAUACUCCUCCAUGAUCUACCGGCAGCAGCAGUCGGGCAGGGGCUGGUACCUCGGUCUGAACAAGGAGGGAGAAAUCAUGAAGGGAAACCAUGUCAAGAAGAACAAGCCAGCAGCUCAUUUUCUUCCCAAACCUCUAAAGGUGGCCAUGUACCGAGAACCAUCCCUGCAUGACUUGACAGAGUUCUCCCGCUCUGGCAGCGGCACACCCACCAAGAGUCGCAGUGCCUCAGCCGUGCUCAACGGAGGCAAAGCCCCGAGCCAGAACGAGUCCACGUAGCCCAGUUUCCCAAUCCAGGCCUGGGGUCGAAACCAUGAAACCUUACCUACAGCAGAGCGUGAAUCAAAGCAGACUCUUCAGCGAUAAGCAGUUCAGUACAAGCUACAACUAACAACAUAAAAAUACCCACGCACAACAUUCAUUUUAGAGCUUUUAGAAAACAUACUGGUCAAACUUUGUUUUCAUCUGAAAUAUCUAAGUGUCAGACGUAGGAAACUAGACAGCACACGAACCAUUUUGGACAGAAUUUAAAAAAUUAUUUUUGGCCAUGAUUCAUAUUUUUUCUUGCUUUAUUACUCACUUUCAGUGAUACCAGUUCACUCAUUAUCUUAUCUUAUCACUUAUUUUAAUCAGUUUCAUGUGGAUAAUAAAUGAUCCUAGGUCACGUAGAAACACCAAGCACUCAUGCAUCUGCCUGACGGAGACAGGAAAUUAGACAUGCAAGUGUUUAUUCAGGGCAGCCAGUAAUGGUGCUGGUCAACAAGGCUGCAGUGAUACAGUACGAGCCCUGAUCUCUGUCUCAAUCCCUGCUUCUGUGAAUACAAAGCCUAUAAACUCCCUGGUGUGGCACAGCCUGGAGUCAGUGGGACUGUGUCCAGCCAGACGGUAGCUCUCUUCUGCAUCCUAGUGCACACGCUCAGAGACUGAGCUCUCUAAGCAUGGGAAAAUGAAGCCUAUGUUCAGCAGACCUGACAUAUGAAAAAGGCACAGCGUGGAUCUCUUGUUGUUUUUGUUCAAAGAUGCCACAGCUGCAGCUUGUUUUUUUUUUGCUAAUUUUCUAAUUUAGCUGAGGUUUAUGUUUGAAAACUGGUUUUUCGUUUCGACCCCUCUUGUUCUCUUCCCUGGCCAUGGUUCAGUAUUUGUGUUCCUGUUGCUGUUAAAUCAUUGAAAGAGGUUCCAGCAAACCAAAGACAGAAUGUCAGAGUGUCCCUUUAAGCCACUGAAUACUAAGUCGGGAUAAAGGCAAAGCCAGAAAGAUUUUGAUUUUUGUUGAAAUUAAGCAAACAAAAAAAUAAAUGUGGGUCAAAAAGGCUCAAUGGACAAAGGAAGUGGUUUGACACACGUUACAGUUGGCAGUGUGCUUGAUGUUGUACUUUUUGCUGGUGUGCUUCAAGGCUAAGGUCUGAGAUGAUUAUUCUGUUUCCCUACUGUGUUUACAGCGUCUCCGUCUUUUGUCCUGGUGGUCUGUUUUCCCUCUGUACUUGUGUCAUGCUUCAACGCCCCAUCCUCGUUUUGUCACCAUUUAUUGACUGAUACAAGAAGCCCCUUCCCAGGAUGCUUUUUAUGUGUUUGAGUAACUUAUUGUGGUGACAAUAUUUUGUAUAUUAAAAAAAAUACUGUGGACUUUUAGGUGGCUUAACAUUUUCUAGGGAGUCAUAUUUGUAAAAGUGAAAAAAAUAAAUAAACUUCUUCCCUUUCUGGCACAGGGCAUGUACAAACACAAUGGUGUACAAAAGGACCCUUUUUGUGGGCUACGUACCCUUCCCUCCAGCUAUACAACUUGUUUCUGGUACAUGCUUUUGGAAGGCUUUUCUUUCUUUGGUUUCCUCUGGAGGUGGUUUGUAUUUGGUGAACCUAUCUGUUGCAUGGGAGAAAGCAGGAACAUUUCUGGUCUAGAGCUGCAUGAUGUAGGCUAUGUGUAUUAACCCAUGUUGGAUCAUGUGUUCCAAACUACCAGGCUAAACCUAACAAAACAACAUAUGCAGACAGACCCCGUGGCUGUCUGAUAACUUCCAGUUGUUUAUUAUUUGUUGUAUACACAAAAAUGCACUGAAUAAAAUGUUUAUAUUAAGAUAUACUUUU